GUAUAAAGUGGGCUAUCAAUGCAAGUAAAAGCCUCGUACCUAAACAUCUGUAUUGAGACCAUAUUUUUGGACACUUCUUGAGUAACCACUUCUUCUUUCUUUUGUGCUGAAGUCUGGAGUUUUUGUAGCUCGUUUUUGACAGCUACAAUUGUUUGAGAGUCAGUUGCAUGGAUGUUUGUCCAUAAUGAAGUUCAUUGGUUUUUUCAUCUGCGUACCUUUUGUUUAUUCAGAACUUCACACCUACAUAACUUCAUACACUGGAAUAAAUGGACAUACAAUCCCAGAGUUUUUUGCAGUAACUACUCUGGAUGGACGACAGAUUGAUUAUUAUGACAGUGAAAUAAAGAAGCUGAUUCCCAGACAGGACUGGAUGAAGGAGUUUAUGUCUGGAGACAGAUUUAAAGAAUACACUGAGAUCAGAGAACGAGUACAGCAGAUUUACAAAAACAAUAUUCAUCGUCUAAUGGAGCGAUUCAAUCAGUCACAUGGUGUUCACACAUAUCAGAGGAUGUAUGGAUGUGAAUGGGAUGAUGAGACUGGAGCUUCACAAGGUUAUGAUGGAGAUGAUUAUGUCGCACUAGAUGUGAAGGCGCUCAGAUACAUCACAGCUGUACUGCAGGGAGUAAUAACAAUGAACAAGUGGAACAAUGACAGAGCACAGCUUGAAAUACUGAAUCAGUACUACAAAAAUGAGUGUGUUUACUGGAUAAAACAUUUCUUGAUGUUAAGAAAAGUGGAUUUGGAAAGAAAAGCACCUGAAGUGUCUCUGUUACAGAAGGAACCCUCUUCUCCAGUGGUUCUGUGUCAUGUCACAGGUUUUUACCCAUCAGGACUAACUAUCACCUGGUUAAAAAAUGGACAGGAUCAUGAUGAGGAUGUGGAUCUUGGAGCGCUACUACCAAAUGAAGAUGGUACCUUUCAGAGGACAUCUGAACUCAUUAUUGAACCAGAAGAGUGGGAGAAGAACCAGUUUGUUUGUUUGGUAGAGCACAUGGGGAGGACCUUCCGGAGGAUUCUGACUGAGGAUGAGAUCAAGAGUAACACCAACUCUGUUCACUGUUGUGGUUCUACUGAAGCUGUGAUCCGAUUGGUCCUCUCUGCUGUGGUGGGCGUGGCUACUGUCAUUCUUCUGGUUUAUGACAUCAGAUCCAGAAGAGCUGAACAAGAUCAAGCACAAGUUCACACAUCAGAAAGUAUUGAAGUCUAAAGCAGAUGCAGAACUUUAAACUGAAAUGUGAAGGUUCUUCAAGUGUGUUUUUGUUCUUCUAGUGUUUUUGUCAUAAAUACUGAUGAAUAUUUGUGCUUGCGCUCUCUAGUGUCAGAUUUUAAAAAUUCCAAUAUUUCUCUCAGAUACAGAUCUUUCUUUACUGUUGCUGUCAAUGUUUCGUCUGUAUUUGCCUUUAUCAAUAAAGUUUUAUCACUCUGA